AUGUCCGAAAACAUCGAGAAUUCGGGACCGAAGCCCGAAAAUUCCGAGAAAUCGGAACGGAAUUCACAGAGCAGCAUAGUCACGAUCUUCUCGCUAUGGAACACAAUGAUGGGAGUUUCAUUGUUGAGUAUGCCGUGGGCCCUUUAUCAGGCUGGUCUUGUGCUCGGUCUAGCUAUUAUGUUGGCUAUGGCAUUCCUUUGCUUCUACACAGCCUAUCUUGUCAUUCAAAGUCCAGUUGGCAUGGAGAAAACGGACUCGAUAGUGUUGGAGUUCGCGGAUAUUUGUCGUGUGUUUCUCGGAAAAAUUGGAGAAAUGAUUGCGCUUGUGUUCUCGAUCACUAUUUUAAUUGGAGCUGUCCUAGCAUACUGGGUUCUUAUGUCGAAUUUCCUGUAUUUUAGUGGUACACUUCUUUACGGGUUAAUAAAUCCUUCUAACAAUACUCUAACGGAUGACGAUGAAGGAGUUUGUGAUAUUCACUGUGGGAUGGACAGUAGCCUGACGUCGUCAUCCUCGAACACUACUCGCCAAGAAAUUGUCUUCGGUCUCACAUUUGACGAGAUAUGGCAACUAAGGCUUACUGUACCAAUUUUACUUGCUGUACUCACUUUUCCACUGUUAAACUUCAAGUCUCCAACGUUUUUCACGAAAUUCAACAUGUUUGGAACUAUAUCUGUUAUGUAUCUGUUGAUUUUUAAUGGAGUACGAUUGCAAAAAUGUGGUAUUUCCUGGGAUUUCACAAAUAGUUCAUCGCCACAUUAUGUAGAAAAAUUCAGUUGGAAUUUCCCAGCAUUAACAGGGAUGUUGACAAUGUCAUAUUUCAUACAUAAUGCUAUAAUUACGAUUUUACGAAGCCAAAGGAAUCCGGAGAAUAACACAAGAGAUCUUUCUUUUGGUUAUGCUCUAGUUGCUUUCAGCUACAUUUUUGUUGGAUUUACCUUCUAUUCAGCAUAUCCGCUGGAAAGAACAUGCAUCCCUGAUAAUUUAUUAAAUAGCUUCCGUGCGGAUUAUCCAUACAGUGCAGUGGCUCGAUGUAUGAUUCUUUUCCAGUUAAUUACAAUAUUGCCGUUAAUUUUAUUUUUUAUUCGAUCGCAAGUAUUUUGUGCCAUUUUUAAAACUCCGUGGCCAGGCUUGUUACUUGUAUUGCUUCUGAACGGGACAAUAGUAUGCGCUGGUGUAUUAACUGCUAUAUUUUUCCCCAAUAUUGGAAGUAUUAUACGAUAUUUCGGAGCGUUUUCGGGUUUGAUGUACGUGUAUGCGUUGCCAUGUCUUAUCUACAUGAGAAAACGUUACCUGGAGGGUCAACUGACAAUCCCUUCUGCAAUUGUGCACACUAUUAUUUCUAUUUUUGGAGUAGUCAACCUCAUCGCUCAGUUCUUCGUCUAA